AUGAAGAAAUUCAGCUCUUCAUGCGGCUGCGGAUGUUGAAAGUCCCAAUGAUUUCAACCGCGCUGUAGAGAAAGCCACGAAUCUUCGGGACACCAAAAUUUAAAUUUUUUUUCGCUGACAAGUCUGUUUUGCAGAACUUUUUUCAUUGUUUUUUGAAUGAUUGAUAGCUUCAGAUUACUGCUCGAAAACGUCCAACCGAUGUCGUCACGGAGGCUAUCCGACGCCUCGCGACUGCUCCGUCUGCCUGUGUCCCGACGGCUUCGGCGGCAGAUUCUGCAACGAGCCGGAGCCGUCGUCGGUUGGCCAGCGGGACAACUACGACUGCGGAGGUAUUUUGUGGGUGAGUCUUCAAGAAAGAGAGAAAAGUCUUAUACGGGACCACAUUCGACAGGCGACCGAAGAGACUCAGACGUUUUUUGGUGCGGUUAGAACUCGAGUGGGUCCGCAGUCUUUCCUGGCGACUCCAGAAUACUGCUGGUGGCAUAUCAGAGUGAGCUACUCCUUUUAUCUCUGA